UGCUCAUGACCGUAGCAUGGUACUUAUCGUCAAGCUCUCUCCUUCUUGAUUUUUUCUCCUCGUCAAAAGCUAUUCAAACGUCUAGAAGCAUAAAGGUCAUAUAUUGCCCUUUAGGAUAACGGUAGCGUCCUGAUUGUUCGAUCGAGACGACGUUAUCGCCGCCCUCACUUUAGCCCGUCUCUUCAGUCUCUCAAGCAGCUUGACCUUAUCACCCUGGCAAGGUUGGAAACGAGGGCACCCUGACUCUUCACCUCUUAACUUUCAUCCCUCCCCUCACAUAUACUUCAACAUGGCCAAGAGUGCGAGGGCCAGCUCCAGGAAAGCAAACAACCAGAGACUCAAGAAGAAUGUCUUUGGUCCCGUCGAGGCGGCAAGAGCCGAACGCUUGUCUGCCAAGCUGCAAGAAUUAGUCGCAAAAGAAAAGCCGCAGAAAGAAUCCGAUAUCAAGAUGAUCGAGGACGCUGAGAAUGGCAUUCACCCAAACGAAGGCGAGACGCAAGAUGUUGAGGCCCUGGGAGAUUCUAAAAUGGAAGUCGAUAAUACCAGUAGGUCGACCAAGUCAAAGGGGACUGGGAGGGUCGAGAAGAAGAAGCGUGGGAAAUCCAAGAUUGUCUUCCCGAAGUAUACGGACCGGAAGGGGAAGAAGAGGUCUUGAGGGAGGGAAGCGGCGGUGUGCGUACACGUUUCGCAGCUACGAGGUUCGGUUUGGGACUUGACUUUACUCAGUACCUUAUCAUACUCUGCAGGCAAGCUUAAGAACUACCGGUAUUGCUUUUUUCAAACCAGUCACCAUUCAACUGGGUCAUACCCCCUCCCCCAGGCCGAUGAUUCUCGAGUCCUUUCAAAAUCUUCAAUAUGCUCAGAGCGAGAUUGUGAUGGCAGUAUCGUUGAGUAGGAAAUAGACGAACGUGGGAAAAGCAACGGUAAGAAGAGGUGAGGGGCAUCGAUAGAGAUGAGUUCGUCCCCUUAAUCGGAUCAACAACGUUAUACUCAGUAUA